GAAGGGCGACCUCCAUUACGCGGCCGAUGGGCGGUGCUGCCUCCCUCUUCCGCGGGACAUGGGCUCUUAAAGGGUCGGCGCGGCGGGGAGAGGCUCGGCUCGGCACGGCUCGGCUCGGCACGGCUCGGCUCGGCUCGGCGGGAGAAGGUUCUCUUUUAACUUGAUUACUUGCAAGUGAUAGUUGCUCAUCAUGGCUGAACUAUCGGCUGAAGAAAUUCAUCUGAGGGCCAACCAAGUCACUGAUGAGUCUUUGGAAAGCACAAGAAGGAUUCUUGGCUUGGCCAUUGAGUCUCAAGAUGUUGGCAUCAAGACUAUCACGAUGCUGGAUGAACAAGGAGAACAGCUAAAUCGCAUAGAAGAAGGCAUGGACCAGAUAAAUAAGGACAUGAGAGAAGCUGAGAAGACACUGACAGAGCUCAACAAAUGUUGUGGGCUCUGUGUCUGUCCUUGUAACAGGACGAAGAACUUUGAGUCUAGCAAAGCAUACCGAGCAACCUGGGGAGAUGGAAUGGAGAACUCAGCAGAUCAUGUGAUAUCCAUGCAACCAAGAAGUAUAAAUCAGCAGCAACCUCAGACUUCUGGAGGACCAAGUGGUGGAUAUAUUACACGGAUAACAAAUGAUGCCAGAGAAGAUGAAAUGGAUGAAAAUCUUACUCAAGUAGGAAACAUUCUUGGGAAUUUGAAAAAUAUGGCUUUGGAUAUGGGCAAUGAGAUUGAUGCCCAGAACAAACAAAUAGACCGGAUAAAUGUAAAGGCAGAUACAAACAGGGAUCGCAUUGAGCAAGCCAACAUCAGAGCAAAGAAACUCAUUGAAAAUUAAAACUCUCUGUCAUCGUUCAGUGACACUGUCUUUCCAGCUGCAAGCCACCAUAUUCUUGGAUCUGUGAAACUUCCUCUAUUCUGAAAUGAGAGGGGCUGGGAAAAAUGAAGCAGUACCCUUUCUAUAGGGAUUCCUUUUCUUUUUUUAUAUUGCUUCAUGUAAACAUGGUCUUGACUCCAAGAAAGCAGUCAACAUAACUUCCUCCUACUCAUUUACCUUCACUUUCUUAAACUGCUCAGGGCUAAAAGUGUCAUGGCUUUGAGAACUUCAUGUUUUAUUCCCCCCGGUCUUUUUUCUUGCAUCCAAAAUACAGUUCUCUGAAGUUGAAUAAGCAGGGUAACGUGAAUUCACAGUUGUGGAAAGUUGAGGAGGGCACUUUGCACUGUUUGAAAUACCUCAUAAGUUGAGUGUCUUCACUAAAGCAGGGACAUGGUGAGUAUUGUCUGACUUGUAUCUCUAAGCAGGUUAACCAUGGCUUUACAGUUCAGACCAUGUGACUGGUUUGGGGUUGAGCAUGUGGACUACAACAUUCAAGAGGCCCACUGAUUACUACUUCUGGGUUGAGGGCUUUAAAAACACUUCAUAAAUACAAACUUUAAUGUAAAGCUAACUGGAGGGGCAUAUAGUUUUCCAUUUCUUUACUGUAAAUUGACAUUUGGAGGCCAUGACUAGGAAAUCAUGCUGCAUUUUUCUAGUAUUAUUGUGUGUUUAUGUAACUGAUCUUAAACUCUGUGCAUGCAAGUGGAAUACAAUAAAAAAAAAAUCUCCCUGAAGCACUUACUUGAUGGAAAACUCUGUCCAUCAUCUAAAGGUUAGGUUUUAAAUGUUUGAAUGAUGCAUCUGAACUGGAAGGAACAAAACAAACUGAGUAGAAAAGCAUGCAGCUUUCUCACAUCCCAUAUUGGAUUCUAUUUUUGGCCAGUUCUCACUGGAGUUGGUUUCACUUUCUCCAGUGCAAAAGUGACUGAGAUUGUGCAGAGUUUGUUCUCAGAAGUGACUUUGGGGGGGCUUCUUAAAGCUACUGAAAAAGAAGAUAAGUUUAUCAUAGAACUCCUUUGUCACAAGUCUGGAGGAAGCUUGGAGUAUGUAAGAACUGUUUGCUAGUUGUGAAUAAACUAGUUCUAAAUUAAUUCCUGACUAGUUUAUUAUUGCAGACUUUGAAUCUGGCAGUUGGAAAUAUUCCAAGGUGAUUACAACUAAAAUGUUCCUCAUCUGUUGCAGAAUAGAUGAUCAGGUGAGGUAAAGCUUUCCUCUAAUGAAGAGGAAAAACAGUUCUGUUUUACUAUGAUACAACCAGACUUAUUCCCAGGGUUUUCUUGACUUUUUUUUUUUUUUUUGACAGUCCACAGGUAUCUUUGUAGCUGUUAAUAAUGAAUCCUAGGGCUAAAGAGAUGACACUAAUCUGCUGAAAUGUAAGAUGAACAAUUUUAAAUGUUUUCAUGAGUACAAUCAGUGUUACGAGUAUAUUGUCAGUUUGCUCCCAGCACAACUUUUUUUUUUUUUUAAAAAAAAAAAAAACAAACAAACAACAAACUGACCAAAGGAUGAAGAUGCUGCAUAUAAUAAAUAGGCCAGUAGUAGACUGCCUUAUGUAGGACUGAGUGUUUUUUUACAGGGACUGGAUAUUUUAGUACCAUGUCUUGGCUUCUGUCUGGCAUCCAGCAAUUAUUGGAAAGCUAAUGAAUUCUGAAAGAUCAUUAUCUACCCCUACUGGUAAUGAAGGCUACAUGCUUAAAAACACAAGUAACAAGGAAGUACUUGUAAGAACAUUGCAUAGUAAAUUUCUAACAGCCUCUUGCUUGGGAAGACAUAGGGAAUUGGAAUGUUUUUUCUUCCUUCUUAUAAACUUUGGGUUAAUUGAAGGAGUAUUUGCUGCUGAUUAUGAAAGCAAAGGAUGCAUCAUUUAGCUAUGAUUGUCUCCUGAAACACAAUACUAAAGCAGUUGUGUGUUCUGCUUAGAACAGUGCAAAUCCACUCUGUAGCAUCUUGAAAUACCUUGGAAUGUUCUUCUCCUUUGCUGUUGCAAGUCCAUGUUAUUGACUUCCCUGUGCUCUAGUCACAUAUUCUCAUACUGACUGAGAGAAUGCUGUGAUUGGUAUGCAAAAUCUUCAUGUCGCAAUGCAUAUCACAUAAGGAAAUAAUUUCCAAGACUCUAAGCUUAAGUAUUAGCUAAAUAAAAUCUUUUUGAUGCAGCAAGAGCCAAACCUGUCAGGGAGCUGGUGCCUUCAUGUUAAUGAACAAAACUCUGCUUUUUGGAUCGUUUUACUGUCAUCUGUACAGUAGAUGCUUACUUUCCAUGUCUGUGGAAUGUAAUCAACACUUGUGCAUCUUUAUAUUUCUGAAUUCUAUUAAGAAUGAAGGUUUACAGUUUCUUCUUUUGAUUGUUAAACUAUAUUGUGCACGACAAAAUACAUACUUCUAUAACUAAAUGUGAUUUAAAACUAUUUUGUCUUAGAAAUGUCUUUGCUUAAUUUCCUGUCCUUGAAAAACUUGGCAGAACUAGUUGCUACUAUGCAACCAGGAAGUUUCCCUUCUAUUUUUAUUUCACCGAACUCCUGAUGUUAACACAGGAAGGGAUGUGGCUGGGAAGAGAGGAGUAUUCUGAUCUUUCCUUUUCUUAAACACUCUAGGUUUUCAGGCAAUGUUGAUUAUGCAGGGAUGACUUCAAACUGUCAAAUGUGUCCAUCUCUUUGAAAGACUGGUAAGGCAUGGGACUACAUCUGAGGAUAUUAAAGGAACUAGGCAAAAUAAAACUUUCCUGUCGAGUAUUGGUAAUACCUGAUAGGCAUCUAUCACGUGAGAUCUGGUGACUUAAUCUUCUACCAAUGCAAUUUCACUUAUAGAGCAAUUUAGGAUUCUAUUUUCUCUGUACUGGAGCAUCAGAUUCCCAGAAUGCUCUUAGGGGUUGGGGGGGAAUACAGACUUGCACCAGUUUUUAGUUCAGAGAAAGAACAGUGGUAUCUGGGAGUGGCUUGGAAGUUGCGCUCUGCACACGAUGGUGGAGCUGCCCUAGUAUAUUUCUACCAAAAUUUAGGGAAAAAAUAUUUAAGACCACCUGAGUAUAUAAUUACUGAGCAUGUACUCUAUGUCCCAUGGGCACACUUAGACGAUAGCUCAUGGUAAACCAUGAAAUUCAAGCUAGCGUACUACAUGAAAGAUGAGUUAAACCUGUUAACAGAUGGUUCCAUCUACAUACAGCAUGAGCUGCAGCACACUGCUUGUGCAGUAACUUGUGAAACUUCUUACUCUGAAGGCUCUAUUGUGAAACAAUUUGUGGUUAACACAAUGCAGUGACUUGCAGAUGCUGGUUCACCUUUGCUGCCCUUUGCUGCACUUGAAACAGCAGUGCACUAUCUAAAUGUUAAUUGAAUAGAUAUAUGAAGUGUAGCUGAAUACCAUGAAAAACUGGAGAGCAAGUGAAAUCAAUUUGAAAUAAAAUAUAUGCAUGGAUUGCUAAA